AUGGCAUCCAUGGAGAACAGAACUGAAGUGAAUGAGUUCAUCCUCAUAGGAUUAACAGAUGCACCAGAGCUUCAGGUUCCUCUCUUCAUAAUGUUCACCCUCAUCUACCUCACUACCUUGGUAGGGAACCUGGGUAUGAUAGCCCUGAUCUACUGGGAUUCUCACCUCCACACCCCCAUGUACUUUUUCCUCAGCAACCUCUCUCUGGUGGAUUUUGGCUACUCCUCAGCUGUUACUCCCAAGGUGAUGGCUGGGCUCCUCGUAGGGGACAAGGUCCUUUCCUAUAAUGGAUGUGCUACACAGAUUUUCUUCUUUGUGGCCUUUGUCACAGUUGAAAGUUUCCUCUUGGCUUCCAUGUCUUAUGAUCGCCAUGCAGCUGUGUGUAAGCCCCUACAUUACACCACCACCAUGACAUCAACUGUAUGUGCAUACCUGGCCAGUGGAACUUACAUCUGUGGCUUUUUAAAUUCCUCCAUAGUUACAGGAAAUGCCUUGAGCCUCUCAUUCUGUAGGGCCAAUGUAGUCCAUCACUUUUUCUGUGAUGUUCCCCCUCUCCUAUCUAUAACCUGCUCUGAUAUUCACAACACGGAGAUGAUAAUGUUUAUCUUAGGAAUAUUCACUGUAUUUUUUCCCCUUCUGGUUAUCUUGGCUUCCUAUCUGUUCAUCAUCUUUGCCAUCCAGACUAUCCAUUCUGCUGAAGGCCGCCAGAAAGCGUUCUCCACUUGUGUUUCCCAUCUUAUAGCAGUGUCCAUAUUCUAUGGGACAAUCAUCUUCAUGUAUUUCCAACCCAAUACCAACCAUUCCAUGGACACGGACAAAAUGGCUUCAGUGUUUUAUACCAUGGUCAUCCCCAUGUUGAACCCUCUGGUCUAUAGUUUGAGGAACAAAGAGGUCAAGAGUGCUUUCCAGAAAGCUCUCAUGGGACAAAGAAAUCAAUUAGAUCAUCUUUUUUCUUAG